UAGCAAUUAAUAAUGCAUGCCGAUUGUGAAUUAAAGCUAUAUCAAGGAAAGGGUUUCAUUAGAGAUUUUGUUCAGAAAAACACUACUUUAAGUUCAUAAUUUAAACCUUACCGGAAAUUAGAGAAAUUACUGAAAAUUACAGAUCACCACCAUUAUAUAAAACAACUACCAUUAUGGGGAAAUGACACAGCCUUACAGCUUUUAAAGUGGAAACCCCUAAUGAAACCCUAAAUGUUGCAUGUUGCUGACAAGAUCUCCACAACUUAAUGAGGACAUUUUCCAUCAGAGGAACGAAGCAUCAAAAUUCCAAAAGGAAACCAUUAGUUUAAUCAAGCAAAAAAUUCAAGUUCAUUUGGCGAGUGUGAACUUUGUUAAGUAAGUGUUUGGCAGACUGUCUAAGUGGACUUUGGAUGGCGCUUACAGACAGAAUACAGACGCAAACCUGCUAUAUGUAAAUGACAUAAUCGCAAAAUAAAAUAAAUGAUCCAAAACAUAAUCCCACCUGACUGGCCGUUAACCGGACAAGGAAAGUGAAAAAAGCUGACUACAAUUGCAUUUCAUAUACAUAUCACUUGGUUUUAUCUUAGGGAUUACGAGAAAGCCCAAGCUAAACACUGCCUUAAUCUGCCCUUUGAGGGGAAGUUUUGUUAAAAAAAAGACUAUAUGAUUCCAAAGCCAUUUUUUUUUUUUGCUGAUCAAUACAACAGCAUUCUAAUAGAGAGUUUAAAAUUAGGUAAAUUUUUAAGCCUUAAACAUGAAUUCACCCAUUAAAAUAAAUCAUCGAGAUUUUGAGUACUUAACCACCAGUGAUCAAGAAUACUUAUUAACUAUUGAACGGCUGUAUUUAUUGAACAGUGGUAAACUUAAACACUUCCACACUCUAGGACCUUGGCACCAGGUUAAGUCUCGACAGUUGAAUCGUAUAGUUGAGCGUGUAGCAGCCCCUAACCCACGACCCUGUUCUAGGGGUCACGUUAAGGGCUUGUGGUGUGUGGAGGACCCGGACUAUAUCUCAGGACCUACGAUCUUAAAAUACAACCCAGUUUCAGAGUCUGAAACGCCAGGAGAAAGUGGCACAUCCACUCCAGCGCUCAACACCAGCAGCGAGAGCAGAACACCAAAACCACCGAAGACGCCGAAGAACAAAUAUUCGAUUCCGAGAAAGUACCAGGUGAUCCCUAAACCAUCUCCUUGGAUUAUAAUGGAACCCUCGAAGAAAAAGAACUUCAUCUGUGAUGAUCCUCCAGAUCCAACGUACGAUCGCAUGCAAUCUGCAAGUCUGCCGAGGUCAGCUACUACACGCCAGUCAACAGCAAAGUCAAGGUUGACACGCCCCAGUACUGCAGGGGAGGAUCGCUACACGAUGAGCCCAUACGCAACAUCGAUCAGUCCGUCGGAGCUGGAGCAGAUUGUGGAACGAGUAACUAGGCCUACACAUGCUAGUAAAGGAGGCGUUGAUCUAAGGGAAAAAUAUAGGAACAAGGAUUACGUUUAUGGGUCGAGGUCUUGCACACCGAACAUUGAGCACAUCGCUAAACCGACCAUCUCAAGUCGUGGCGGGAAGGACAUUGCAGAGAAGUUCGAAAACAAGGAUUACGUCUAUGGCUCUAAAUCCGUUGAGCCAAAAAAGCUUGACGGUAUUGUUGAUCGGGUCACACGCCCAACUGUCGCUAGCUUAGGAGGGGCGGGCGCCAACAGAUCGUACACUGAUUUUGUGUAUGGUGAACAAAAGGUUUCCAAAGAAGAAAUGAAGGAAAUUAUAGAGCGAAUGACAAAACCAACAAUUUCUAGCAACGGGGCUGUCGACCUUAAGGAUAAAAACUUUGUUUAUCUACAACAACCUAGGAAUAAAACUAACAUCAUUAUUCCAGGACUUGAGAAAAAGUUCAUAGGACGCAAGAAGAUAUCAUCUGACGAACUCAAUGAAAUAAUCGACCGUCUUACACAACUGACUCCAGCUUACAAGGCAAAGUUUGCAGUGAAUCCAAAUGUAUGGCAGGACGAAUCUGCACGAACAGGCCCAGCCCAUCAAAGGGAGAGUAUUGCUACGUAACACAAGACUAUCGGAAACUAAUUUGAACUAUUGCUGCGUAAUACUGCACUUUUGUCACAUUGGACACAAAUAUUACCUUGAAAAAUUACGAACACCAUUCACAGUGAUUUACUGCCAUAAAAACUGUCAUUUCAAACAAUUUGAAAGGAAUACAAUGAGGCUAAUAAAGAAAAUAGAGUGUGCUCAAUACUUGGCUGUGAUUGGCUUGUUUGAAGGGAUGAACUAUAAAAAACUUUGGAGCUGGAACAUUUUUUUGAUGAGACAAAUAAAACAUGAAAAGUUCAGUAUCAUCUCAGCUAAAUUUGAAUGAUACAUUAUUAGUGGACUGUUUUUGUUAAAGUUGAUGUGACAAACUUAACUGUGCAAAUAUUGCAUUUAUGCUUAUCCCUUAAAAUUGUCUUAUUGAAAUAACAGAUAUAUAAAUAGAUGUAUAUAAUGCAGUGAGAAAGUUUAAAUGUUUGAGUGUGCCAGAAUGCUAUUUAUACUUUUUUAUAAUUUAGAUUAGUUUUACUAACAUUAGAGAGGUGUUGAAACAAGACGAGUACGUGAACUUUUACUUGCAGCCACAUGUACACAGGAGUAGAUCCAGGAUGUUUAAAGCUGCACUCUCACAGACUUACAAUUUUUACAACUUUUUUAUUUUUUGUCUUGGAAAGAGCAAAUUUUUGCGUAGGUAUUUGCAAACCAAUGAUAUAAUAUUGCUGACAAAAAAUCAGAUCGUAGAUUUUCGUAUUUCUGUUCGCAAAUUAAUGUUUAAUGGUUUUAAACCGUUACUUACGGUUUAAGAAAAAUGCAUAAAAAAUCAAUUUUUUAACUAAAUAUAAAAAUAUGCCAUCUAAUUUUUUGUCAGGAGUCUUAUAUAACUGGUUUCCCUGGAUUUUCGCAAAAAUUGGCUCGUUCCAAGACAAAAAAUAAAAAAGUUGUCAAAAAGUUCAAUCUGUGAGAGUACAGCUUUAAAGUGCAGUAGAGUUGAAAAGUUGUUUGGGAAACUUCAAUUUAAACUUGAACUCGUAUACUCCCUCAUACUUGUAUAAAUUAUUUUCCUCCUGCUUCCUUAUAUGCCACUCUUAACCUUUACAAUGAACAUAUACCCCGAUGACGUAUUGCACAAAAAGUAGUCCAAAAAAAGUAGUCCACAUGUACCCCUACAAGUCAUGUUUAGCAUCCUCUCUAUUUAUAAGUGAAUGCUUAUUAAACUUUCUCUCUUUUGUUACUUUAGAUAUAGUAAUGAUCUUUGUGAUUUUUAUUGUUAAAAUUUACUAUUUUAUUGCCACUUAUUAUAUCAGGAACAUUUCAAAAUGGUUAAACUAGUCCAACCAUUUUAACAUUUUAUUUUUUCAUGUUUUGCGGUGGUCAUUGUUUUAUUUAUGAGCAAAUAUAGGAAUAAAUAAAUUUCCCACAAAAUUUCAUGUAUAUUUACAGCUAGCUAGAUACAUAGCACAUUUUCAAUGAGUGUCAAUUUUAUCAAAAUGACAAAUGUAAAGUUAAUUAAGGAAAUAAUGGAUAUUAUACAGGUCUGUAGAAAAUUUCAGUACAUAUAUUCAUUCAUAAUACGGUAUAUACUAUGCUGGAAAACUGGCGUAGUAUAAUGAAAUAAAAGUUUAUCUUUUAUAGACAAAAAAAGUAAGUAAAUCGAGUUAAUACUUUAAAAAUGAAUUGUUUAUGUUUAUGAAAAGACAAUUUAAAAUCAAUUUGGUAAACUACAAAACUUUCCUUCACACUUACAAUCUUAUCAUGCUUCUAAUCUUUCCAGUGCAUUUAACAAACUUGACAAGCAUUUGACUGUAAUAUGAACAUACUUAAUAAAGAAAAGACAAAAGUUCAAGUUUAUAUAUAAAGGUAUUAAAACAAUAACUCAUUGUGUUUAUUUCUUAUUUUUUCUGAAACCAAUUGAAACCAAACUGUUUGAUAGUGGUGUCACUAGCCAUGCCUGUUAACAAUUGGAGCACUGUGAGCCAUCAGUAUGCCAAUUAAUGCUCCUGUUUUCUUAGUUGUCAAGAGGCUUAACUCUAAACCUAUUAUAUCCAGAAUGAUGAAACUUGUCACAUAAUUAUGUGCACAUUGUCAUA